AUUUGUCACCAUUUUGUUAGUCACACUGCAAACACGGAGCAGAGAGAGGAGAGAGAGAGGAGAAGAAAAUGCCGAGAAGCAGUUUCGCAGGGUCGUUAACAGGGCCGAAGGUCGACGUGAUGAUCGACUUGGGCAACCCCUUCUUCAACCACACCGUCGACGGCUUCUUGAAGAUCGGAACCGUCGCUGCUACCAGAGUUGUUGCAGAGGAUGCUUUCUCGGCGGCCAAGAAAGGGAGAAUUUCAAGUCACGAUUUUGAGCACACUUUGAAGAAGAUGUGUAAAGAAGGUGCAUAUUGGGGAACCAUUGCUGGAGUGUACGUGGGAGCAGAGUAUGGUAUUGAGAGGGUCCGUGGACACAGAGACUGGAAGAAUGCCAUGCUCGGUGGUGCAUUGACAGGGGCUCUAGUAUCUGCAGCCAGCCACAAGAACACGGAUAAAGUUCUGGUGGAUGCAAUUACAGGAGGUGCCAUUGCAACCGCUGUGGAAUUCAUUAACUAUCUCACCUGAACAUGGACGUGAUAUUCUACCGGAUCUCUCUGUAGAUCCCGAAGAACUAUGUAGUAAGGUUCUUGUGUCAUCUUCCUUAUGAAUAAGUAGCAUUGUAUAAAGAAUGUUCAAGGGUUCUUCAUGUAAACUACUGAAGGUUUUGAUACAAUGGAUUAUGAAUCUUCUAAUUUUAUCA